UACAGAUGGAUGGCUCCAGUGAGUCUCGCCAUUCACGCCCCCGGGUCCGACAUGGCCCCAACCGUGAACAGCAUCAGAUACUUACGUGAUUGCCUUGGUAACGAACUUAUCAAGCAGUACGUUACCUUCCACAUUUUCUUCGCACACAAACAUAUACCUAGUACAAUACCAAAUCCUGAUACGUUUCUUCAAACGCCGUACAACUGCUCGUUGAAGCCUCCGUACGAUGUGAACAGUAACUCAACGUUUAUGAAAGCGAAAAGUCUUCUCUACCCCGUGAACGUUGCUCGUAACAUCGCCAGGGACGCUGCUGUAACCCACUUUAUACUGCCUUCCGAUAUAGAGCUAUAUCCUAGUCCUAAUUUAGUACCCAGGUUCCUAAACAUGAUUGCCAGAAACGCUAAGCCAUUAAGCACUUCCACUAGACCUAGAGUCUUCCCAAUAAGCAUAUUUGAAGUCGAUGCCAAAGUACACGUGCCUACGACAAAAACCGAACUGCAGGGGAUGUUGGCUAAUAAGACUGCUAUUCCGUUCCAUAAGUUUGUCUGUCCUAACUGUCACAAUAUACCUCAAGGACAACAAUGGAUGAAUGCAUCAGAAACCACUCAAAUGGACGUGUUCCAUGUGGGCAAGCGACGCGGAAAAUUUGUUCAUUGGGAACCAAUAUUUAUCGGGACUCAUCAAGAUCCGUACUACGAUGAACGUCUCAGCUGGGAAGGCAAAAAAGAUAAGAUGACACAGGGAUAUAUCUUAUGCGUAAAGGACUAUGACUUCAUGAUACUAAAUAACGCGUUUCUUAUACACAAACCUGGUAUAAAACACUACGUGAAGAAUCCUAAAAGAGACGCGAUCGCUGGAAGACAGUCGCUAUUCGUAAAAAAUGUUAUAAUGCCCCAACUGAAAGCUCUUUUUGGAACACGAAAUGGCUGUGCGAUAUAAUUUGAAAAGGGGAAAACUCAACAAAAGUUGGCAACAUCUUCAAAUCCGAGUGUGGUUAUCCGCCUGACUUUUAUAUAACUUUACCGAUGUGGUCGACUUGGAACGAAACAUAUCAUACUUUGUUAUUAAUAUAAAUUAAGACAUAAUUCAGUGAAUUUGAAUCCGUGUCACUUUGACUUUUAAAGCUAGUAAGUAACACAGUGCCUGGACGUUGUUAUUAUUAAAAUUAUAUUUUGUAACUGUGUUUUCGUAUAAACUGAACGCUAUACUGACAAUGAAUCCAAAAUAAGUGGUAAAACCGAAUUUCCUACACUUUUCUCCCUGCGAAAGGUCUAUAUGGAAAUUGUGUGAACGCGAAAUGAAAAUGUUAUGAUAUUUAAUAUUAAAUUGUGUAUAUAAUUAUGUUCUUUUAAGUUGCUUUUAUUUUAUUUCAUUCGGUGCAAGUGAAGAAUGCACUUGACUUUCAUAUUUAAGUGCUUCUUUACAGAAACCAGUUUACGUUACACGUCGUCUAAUGCUUUUUUUUCUAUUUUAUUCUAGUUUCUUUGAUAAUUUGUAGAAAUGUAAUUUAAAAAAUGUUUAGUACCUAAAGCUAUUUUAUUUUAGUUGACUUGUAUUUUUAUUUUUGGUAGACAAUCAUUUGAAUUAUCAUUUAUAUAAAAACGAUUCCUGAAAUGCAUUUUGUUUUAAACGAUAUUUAUUAACUAGUUACUAUUAGAUACAUAAAUAACCAUUUUAAUGAUAUAAGUCACUGUAAAAGCUUGCAAUGUGGUUCCAAAUAUAUAUAUCCAUGUAAGUCAACAUUUAAUGUAUACUGGUGUAAGUUGUUCUAUGCCUGAUAUAAUUACGUAGUAAUUAGGCAACUUUGAUAUGCCUAUUCAAAGUUUAUAUACAGCCUAAAACUAGUUUUAUUAAGACUACGGGCCUUAUGGUACUGGUGAUAAUUAUAAAUAAUAGUGAUGAAACUCACCACGUUCGAAAUAUUUGCUUAUGCAUUAGUUGUAGUUAGUUUUUAUUUUAAUCUCCGUAAGUAUAACUUUUCGUUUUUCUUGGUUCUUGGUAAAGAUCUUUUAUCGAUAUAUCUUACAUUCGAACUUACUAAAUUUUCUCUGUCAUUAACGAAGUAUUUGAAAUACAAAAUGAGUAAAUUGUCACUGUGUAUCUAAAAUUAAGAACAAUACAAGUAAUCAAUAUUUUUUUAAUAGACCGUUUCUAAAAAGAAAUAAUUCUAUGUUCAUCUGUAUGUCAUUUAUAAGUCACCAAUUAUUGAGUUGAUAUUUCUACUUAAUUAAAUAGAGUAAGUUUACUGUAAAUUAAUGCAACGGAUAGUCAAAUAAAGUUAAUCAUUACUUUUUCAAAACGUGAAUAUAAUUUUAAAGAAUUUUCUCUAAUAUUGUGAUAAAUGUAUUAAUUAAAUUAGUACUGCUAUCAUUUUAUGUGUGCUUCUUGUAUGCGGUUUAGUCUACUUAUUAUAUCUAGGCAAAGCUUUAUAUCAAAUACUAGUGCUAGGAUUUGAGUGCUAUUUCUACGAUAUGACCAUACUAUAUGAGACCAUCCAGAAAUGAGGUAUGAAAGUUGUAAGAAAACCUAUUGAGAUUUUAUUUGUUCAAAUAAAAAUUGCAAAGAGUAUAAGAACGAGGAUUUUACAAUUUUGUGACUAAGAGAGAGGAAAGAGUUGAUUAAACUUAUUUGCGUGACAUAUAUUACGAAUAGCCUCCUAAAAUUAUAUUUUAUUCUGUCUAGUAUUCAUUAUUAGUUAUAUAAAAAUGGGGUUUGGUUUCGGUAAACGCAUGUGGUGAGUUUUCACUUGCAAGGCUUAUAUUAGCCAACUAGGUUAAGUGCAAUAACCUAUAUACAGUCUCUCAAUGUGAUCAUUUAUGAAAAUUUAUUUAUCGACAUGUACUAGUUAUUAAAAUAAGCGUCUAAGAAUUUACCUUGUAUGCGAAAUUUUUUCAUAAAAAUCUACAGGUAACAUAAUUAUAAUUGGAAAUAAAGAAUCUAAAAUUG